AUGACGGCCGACGUGCGGCGCCGAUGCCGAGGAAGUGAUCGUUACCGUCUGAGGACGACCGCCGCAUCCGCCGUUGUCAUCGUCGCCGCCGUCAUUGCAGCGGUUUCCGUCGCGGCGGCACGCGCCACCACCUUUGAGGGCGGCGAGACGGCCACAGAGCCGGCCGACGACACGGUGUACAUGACCCAGGAGGUGGCCGCGUGGAACGCGACGGCCGCGGCAGCUGGUGAUUACGAGUACGACGAUUACGAUUCGACCACCGCGGACGCCCUGCAGAUGCCCAGUGGCCGCUAUUCGCCGAAACCGGAGACGACUGUUGCACCACGCGUGGACGCCAGCACAGUGGUGCCCGCUGCCACCAUCACCGUACAGGUGCCUGCCGCCACCGUCACGGAAGAACCCGUCACCAACACCACCGCCGCUACCACCACUACUGCCGCCAUUACCGCUGCCGACGCAAAGGCCGUCUACUCUACCACGACCUCGGUGGUCCGGCCGUCCACGUCCGUGACCACGGUCGUUACAGCCACCGAUGCCACAACAUUCCCGACGGCCACCACCGAAUCAGGGGCGUUGAUGAAGAUCGCCAGUCCACUAGGCUAUGGAGUGACGAACGUCACCACUGUCGCCACUACGCCCCCACCGACGACUCCGAAUUCUUCGGCGCCGCUGGUGCAGUGUUGGCGGUGGACUGCAGCCCUGUUGCUGUCACUAGCUCUCGUCACUACCGUUGUGUCAUAA